AUGGCCACACUGUCAUGCGCAUUGUUGGUACAUUUACUACGGAAGUACGAUGUGUUUCACAUCAAUUUCCGUACAAUUUUAUGGAAUAUACUCAUCUGUGUCAUGUGCAACAACAUCAUACAAUGCAUACGACCGUUCAUCGCGGUUUACCAGACUUAUGACAUGGACAGCCGGGUAGGUUGGGGGUACUCUGCACACUCCUAUAUGAUAGGGGUGUGCAGAGUACUGUAUUUCAAGGGAGGGUAGGAUAGGGUAGGACAGGACAGGAUAAAGCAGGACAGAACAAAACAGGGCAUGGUAGGGCAGGACAAGACAAGAUAUGAAAGGGGAGGGCAGGAAAGUGAGGGCAGGGCCGAGCAGGGCAGGCCGAGAAAGGGCAGGGCGGGACGAAGAAAAGCAAAGCAGGGCCGGGUAUGGACAUGAUAGGAUAGGGUAGGCAGGCUGGGGCACGUGAUAGGCAAAGUGAAGUAGGAUAAGGUAGGGCAGGGUAGGGAAAGCUAGGGUAGGGUAGGGUAGGGUAGGGUAGAGUAGGGUAGGGUAGGGUAGGGUAGGGUAGGGUAGGGUAGGGUAGGGUAGGGUAGGGUAGGGUAGGGUAGGGUAGGGUACGGUACGGUAGGGUAGGGUAGGAUAGGAUAGGAUAGGUUAAAGCAGGCUAGGCUAAAGCAACAUUACUAAUAAUGCAAUUUUAGUCACAGUACGAAGACUCAACGUGCUCAGAGCUGAACGUUCUUCCAGUGCCAUUUUGUGUCUUUAUUACUCUCAGCGGGAUCGUAAUGUGCGUGGAACGGUUAUAUGCAACGUUCGCUUAUGCGAUUUAUGAGUACGAAAACUAUACGUGGUUAUACGACAGGGUAUUUUUAGUUAUGGUAGGUUUUUUCAAAUGCGAAAACUUUCUUUACACUACGAAAAAUGGCAAGAACUUUCUUUACAAAACUUAAAAUUACGAAAACUUUCUUUGCAAAUCAAAUCACAGGCUCAAAACCUUUUUUUUGCACGGUGCAACGAUUUUCUAAACUGCACUGUGCAGCCAUUUUUUAAAAAAUCAUUGUGCCAUUCUUUUUUCAGCAAUUGAAGUUAAAAUCUUUAUAGUAGUUUUGGGCUAGUCUAUAUUAAAAUAUGAAACAUGAUUUGUUGCCUAAAGUUAGUCAAAAGUGGCAGAAUUUAAAGGUUAAAAUUUUUUGCACGGUGCAAUGAAGGUUUGUGAUUGCACAGUGCAAAAAGUUUUAAAAAAACAUUUUUAAAUUUAACAUUUCAGUGGGUAAUCUUCGUUAUAUGUUCACUUGGCAAUGUAUUUGAUUACACAUCAGCGGAUUUCAAUUAUUUUGAAUGUUCAUUCAUUCAAAUGACAAAGAAUCCACUAAAAACUCAUUGGCAUAUAUUAAUAAUGGCAGUGUUUCAAGCUGUUUACAUCGUCAUCUUUUCAUCGGUCGUUAGUGUAAGUAUGACAGUUUUAAAUGUUAGUUUUUGACGAAAAAUGGCAAUAACUUUCUUUCUAAAGUCAGAAAUGGUAAGAACUUUCUUUACAAGACAAGACCAGAAAUGACAAGAACUUUCUUUACAAGACAAGAAAUGACAAGAACUUUCUUUACAAAACAAAAAAUGGCAAAAAUUUUCUUUACAAAACCCAAAAUGACAAGAACUUUCUUUACAAAUCAAAAAAUAAACAAUAACUUUUGCACGGUGCAACACAUUUUUCAUAAUGCACGGUGCAGCCAUUUUCUAAAAAUUCAUUGCGCCAUUAUUUUUGAAGCGGUCAAUCUAAAAAUAGUUUUUAUUUAUUGAUAUUAGCAUAGGCUAAAACCUACAACAGUACUUGACCUAACAUCAAUCUAAAAUGGCAGGGGACAAAAACGAAAAUUUGUUGCACGGUGCAAUUGGCUUUUUGGACUGCACAGUGCAAAAUUCGAGCUUUUGUUGAAAUUUUUUAAAAAAAAUUUUUAAGAAUUUUUUUAAAAAAAAUUUUAAACUUAUUUUUUUAAAUUUAAAAUUUAAAACUUUUAAAUAAAAAAAAUUUUUAGUUGAACAAAGAAAAACAGACAGUGUACAUCAAAAACCAUUACAAUUCCUUAUCACCUCGAUUUCAAAUUGGCGAAAAUAUAAAAGCGACUAGAUUGUUGGUUCACUUUACUGUAGUCGUAUUCAUAGCCAUGUUAGUCAUAAUGGGUCAUCAGUUUUUACAGUAUAAUGAAUUUACUGGUCCAACGGAAGAUUCCUUUUUUGGCAGGUCAGUUUUGACUUCGUUGAUUGAAAUAGAGUAGGGUAGGAUUACGGUAGACCUUCUUCUAUAUACACGUAUCACAGUAAUACCAAACCUACUUCCAGGAACUAAGUCUGCUGAUUAUGCCAUUGUUUACCAUUGGUAUGUCCCUUACCUUCCUCAUCCGAUCCCACGUUUUCUUCGCCAAAACGAGGUUAUUCAUCAAGGAGCUACUGCAGAACUACCCACGACUGUUACGUAAGUUUACCAUCGACAUGAUCAUCGUAUGUUAAGGUCAGGACAUGGAAAGAAGUGUGGACUUGUGAGCAGUAGCAACAAUCAGUACAUUGACUUGUUGACCAACUCGUGGGAGGACGCUAUGCACCUCGGAUAA